GCAAAUUAUUUUUUAACAGUAUAACUAAGAGGCAGUGAUAGAGAAGGGGAGGAUGACUUUUUGUAGUUACACAUUUCAAGUAAAUUGCUCUUAUCAAAGGCCUUCUAUUCCAAGUAAAGUUCAGGACGUGAAAGUCUCAAUCUCAUCUGCUUUGAACCCAUUAUCAAGGGACUUGGUGCAUUUUCCAAUUGUUGCUGCGGACAUUCCAAAAGCUAUCAAGGAGACUUCUUUCAAAUUAUUAGAUGCCUUUGUGGACUUAGUAUUUGAAUUUGUUGAUCAGCCAUUACUCCCUUCUCAGAGUAAUUUUGCACCAGUGGAAGAGAUUGGAGAAGCUGUCCUAGUUACUACAGUGGAAGGAAAAAUUCCAGAUGAUUUUCCGGAGGGAGUUUACAUAAGAAAUGGCUCAAAUCCUCUGUUUGGAGGACUCAAAUCGACCAAGUCGAUAUUUGGGAAAUCAAGCCAUGUUUGGAUUGAAGGGGAAGGAAUGCUUCAUGCUUUGUACUUCACAAAAGAAAAAGGAAGAGGAACUUGGAAUAUAUUCUACAAUAACAAACACGUCCGAACUGACACUUUCAAAAUGGAAAAAGAUGGAAAGAAACCAGGUUUUCUUCCAGCUAUUGAAGGAGAUUCUCCUGCCAUUUUAGUGGCUUACAUUUUGAAUGGGUUGAGAUUUGGCAUGGAAAACAAAUAUCUAAGCAAUACAAAUAUUUUUGAGCACUCAAAGAAAUACUACUCUAUUGCUGAAAAUCAUAUGCCUCAAGAGAUAGACAUAAGUUCCCUUGAAACUCUGGGCAAUUGGAAUAUCGAUGGAGCUUGGGAUCGACCAUUCACUAGCCAUCCAAAGAAAGCCCCUGGAACUGGUGAACUUGUUAUAAUGGGGAUAUAUCCAAGAAAACCUUAUUUUGAGCUAGGAGUCAUUUCAGCUGAUGGCAAGAAAAUGGUUCACAAAGUAGAUCUCAAAUUCAAUAGGUGUAGCCUUUGCCAUGAAAUAGGAGUUACACAAAAGUACAAUGUGAUCAUGGAUUUUCCGUUAACCAUUGAUAUAAAUCGACUCUUUAUGGGAGACUCAUUGAUAAAGUAUGACAAAGAUGGAUAUGCGCGGAUUGGAGUAAUGCCUCGCUAUGGUGAUGCUAAUUCUGUUAAAUGGUUUGAGGUUCAACCCUGCUGCGUACUUCACCUAGUAAAUUGUUUUGAAGACAAUGAUGAGGUGGUAGUAAGGGCAUGCAGAGCUAGUGAAUCGGUAUUACCAAGACAACAAAGUUUCAAAGGUUCUAAAGAGAUAAGUUCCGCAGAAAACAACAAUGAAUAUUCAGAUGAACCAUUCUUUGUUCAUGUUUGUGAAUGGAGACUAAACAUGAGAACAGGAGAGGUAAAGGAGAAAAAUGCCACAACUGAGUUCUCUAUGGAAUUCCCUAUGAUCAAUGAGAAGUUCGUCGGUUUAAGAAACAAAUUUGGUUAUCUACAAGUGGUAGAUUUAGAAGCUAGCUCUAUUUCAGAAGGAUUGGCUAAAUAUGGAGGGCUUGCCAAACUUCAUUUUCAAGAAUAUGAGGAAUUGGUUGAAGUUGAGUAUCAUAUGUUCCCAAAGGGCACUUUUUGCAGUGGAGCAACCUUUGUUCCAAAAACUCAAGGCACUGAUGAGGAUGAUGGUUGGGUUGUGACAUUCACACACAAUGAAACUACAAAUGUAUCUCAAGUCUAUGUAGUUGAUGCAAAGAGUUUUGCAACACAGCCUGUUGCCAUAAUCACAUUAUCAAGUAGAGUGCCCUAUGGAUUUCAUGGAGCUUUCAUGCCUUUGUAACUCAAUGUUAUUUACAGUAUCAGGAGGUCCAGGAGAUGGUGGAAUUAACUACUAUGUGAUACUAACAAAAAUAGCUUAUAGCACAUACCAUUUAAACGAGCUAUUUGUGUACAUGAUGCUCUGAUCAUUUUUUUUUUUUUACCAAUUUUUUUUGGUCGAAAAUGGAAAAUUUUAUUCUUACCAAGUUUAUAUCUCCGCAAAUGAGUUGAUGUAUAUAAGAGGCUGUAUAACUAUAUGGGGUCGUUUGUUUUAGGAGUACUACUCGUGUAAAAAUCGUAACAUAAAAAAUGUUAAAUAAUAAUAAUAUAGG